GCCACUUGAAACGUUGCCACCAUCAUCGCAUGCAGCAAGGCGCGUGUCGACGCAGCCGACGGUUGCUAUCGUCGUAUGUCCCCGCACACGGAAAGCCCCGGACGUUGGAACUUCAACUUCUCCAGGAACUGCUGGCCAAGUCAAAGAAGGUCGUGGUGCUAACUGGAGCUGGCAUCUCCACGGAGAGUGGGAUCCCAGACUACCGGUCGGAAGGGGUUGGCUUGUACGCGCGGGCGAACCACCGUCCGAUCCAGCACAUGGACUUUAUGACGAGCGCUGCGACGCGUCAACGGUACUGGGCGCGCAACUUUAUGGCUCGGGAUAAAUGGCGCGCAGUGCAGCCCAACGCCAACCACAGGGUCUUGUCUCAGUGGCAAAACUCUGGACUCUGGGAUGUGACACUAGUGACUCAGAACGUCGACCGACUGCAUACGAAAGCCGGGAGUAGAGAUGUGAUCGAGUUGCACGGGUCGUCCGAGGAAGUGCGGUGCAUGCAGCCCGGCUGUGCGGCGCCACCCAUCGACCGCGACACGUUCCAGAGCAUUUUGUCCAAUUUAAACCCCAUUUACCAAGACUUGGUGUUUCAAUAUAUCAACACCCAACACGAAAACGAAUUCAACAACGACCAUACCAACGAGAACCGCAUGCGGCCCGACGCCGACAUGUUCUUGUCACCUGAAUUGGAACGAGCGUUCGACGUGGCCGUGUGUCCAUAUUGCGGCCACGCCAUGUACAAGCCCAACAUUGUGUUUUUCGGCGACAGCGUCCCCACGCCCAAGGUCGACAUGAUCUACGACGCUGUGAAACAAAGCGACGCGAUGCUGGUCCUGGGGUCGUCUCUGCAUGUGUUUUCAGGCUACCGCUUCGCCCGACGCGCGGCCGAGUGGAAAGUGCCGCUGGCGAUUGUUAACAUCGGACCCACCCGAGCCGACCCCAUCGCCACGCUCAAGCUAGAUGCCAAGUGCAGCACUGUGUGCUGACCCACCUCAUUCCACCAACUAACAUGUACAUAUAAGUGCCAUCUUGGCAAUAUAUCGAUAAUGUUGUGGCUGUCCUG